AGUGCAUUUCAAUUUAUAAAGCUAACUUCAAAAUAUUAUAUCAGACGUCCUAACAACAUAUUUUUGUUUUUAUUUUAAAUUGAUAAUAAAACUUAUGUUAUAAUUUUGUUGCCCAACCGAUUGGUAAAUAUAAUAUUUAAUUUGACAGCUCACUUUUGUAAAGUAGCGCACAAGUAGAUCGGACAAGCUGAAUGCUUGAGCACUGUCAGUCCAUUAAAUACCGUUUAAUCCCAAGCAGCAAAGUAGCCACGUAAAAGCAUACGCCAACGCCAACGCCAAUAGCAAAAUAUGUACAAAAGUAAAGAAAUAGUUUAUUGUAAAUAGAGAGAAAAGGAACUAGAUUUUUGGGUUCUUGUGAUAAUAAAAAUGCUCAAGCGACAACCGCCACAACUGCGGAAAUGCAUGACGUGAGGGGCGUUCAAUAUCAGUAGUAAACACAACAAUCCAUCAUCACCAGCCGUCAUACGCACAAAAUGGACGAGAAACUAAAGUAUUCGCUGCUGCGCGGCGAACUUGUGGACACACAAAGUAUUUGGAGCAGGCAUGAGAAACGCGUCUGGUUCAUUACGCUGCUCACAGGCACUUGCAUGCUGUAUUCGACGCGUACCACGAUGCCGCUGCUGGUGCCUGCCGUGGCAGCUGCACAAAAGUGGAGCAAAACCGAUUCCGGCACAGUGCUCAGCUCCUUCUUCUGGGGCUACACGCUGACCCAAGUGAUGGGCGGCUAUUUCAGCGAUCGUUUUGGCGGGCAGCGUGUUAUAUUGUUUGCUGCCCUUGGCUGGUCUAUCAUCACAUUUUUAAUGCCCACAAUUAUCUGGUCGGCUGCAUCAGUAAAGAGUUAUACGAUACCGAUCAUUGUUACCAUACGCAUUCUUAAUGGUGCACUGCAGGGCGUGCAUUUUCCAAGCAUGAUCAGCUUGACAAGUCAGAACCUAUGUCAAAAUGAGCGCAGCAGCUUCUUUGGCCUGCUCACCUCUGGGUCGGCAAUGGGCACGCUUUUGACUGGCAUCAUGGGGUCCUUUGUGCUGGACUACUUUGGCUGGUCGUAUGUGUUCCGUGUGAUUGGAUUGAUGGGCUUCGCCUGGGCGCUGGUAUUGCGUUAUUAUGCCAUGGCUGGGGACCGAAACCGGAUCAUUAACAUCUCUACACCUGCGCGCUUGUGCGGCAACAAAGCGCCUACGGAAACGUCUGUGCCUUGGCUGCGUUUCUUUAGUCGGCUGCCAUUUUGGGCCUGUGUGCUGACACAUGCCUGCGAAAUGAACUGCUUCUUUGUGCUGCUCUCCUGGCUGCCCACAUAUUUCCACGAUGGAUUUCCCCAUGCCAAGGGCUGGGUUGUCAACAUGAUACCUUGGCUGGCAUUGCCGCCAUGUACCUUCUUUGCCAAGUACUUGACCACACGGCUCAUAGCCAGAGAAUGGUCCACAACGACAGUCCGAAAGCUAAUUCAAAGCUGUUGCUUUGCCGCGCAAAACGUGGCGCUUUUUGUGAUGAGCCGCACCACGGACUUCCACACGGCUUUAAUCUGUAUGACUAUCAUCAUUGGCGGGACAGGCUUCCACAACAAUGCGGUGACUGUGAAUCCUCAAGACUUGGCGCCCUUGCAUUCCGGCAGCGUAUUUGGCCUGAUGAACACUGUGGGUGCCAUACCCGGCUUCCUAGGCGUCUACCUGGCAGGCCACAUACUGGAGCUGACGCAGAGUUGGCCAAUGGUCUUUAGCGCGGCGGCUGGCAUUAAUUUGGUCGGUUGGAUCAUAUUUCUAGUCUUUGGCUCUGCUGAGGCUAUUAUUUAAUUAAUAUUACAUUACAUUCUCGUGACGAUUUCCAUGUACGGAAAAAUAUUUAUUAAAAUGUGUAGAUAGCUUAAGAGGUCAUAGUUUAUAAUUGAACAAAACUACUACAGUUUUAAGUGCAAAAUCACAAAUUAUAUGACGCAAACUAAA